AUGCAAAAAGAGUACAAGGGAACGAGCCGUACCGUUGCCACAAAGGCCCUGAUUAUUGAGGAAUUUAAACGACGACUCCGUGACAACACCACUUCGCUAAAUAACAAUUUUCAGAACAUCAUCAACGCUUCCAAGGUAAAUAAUGACGAUAAAGCUCACUACAAUCCGGCUGGACGGAUGACCGAAUUUGCGACAACAAGAGCUGAAAUGCUUGCUCGAGCCGCACUUAUUAUUCGAGCCUGUGAUGAGCUGCAUAAAUUGACGACUGACAUCAAGGAGUUCAUGAUGUUGCACGAUGUCGAACAUCGGUCUAGAAACAUUCAACAACAGGAGAGAAUAGCUGCGGAGGAUUUUCGACAACAAAUCCAGAAACACAGUGAAUUGCGGACGGAUCUCGUCAGUAAUCUCGCUUUGGGUCUACGCUUUUUGUUGGUUCAACAUCUUUCAAUAAUUGAAAUGGUCAGCCAAAUUCCGUCUUGGAAUGCCAAACCUACAUAUUUCGAGGAUCGAAAAGAAAAAAUUCUCCCUGUGAAGGAUCGUCGCAACGUCUUAAUUACUUCAGCAUUGCCUUAUGUGAACAAUGUGCCGCAUCUUGGAAAUAUCAUCGGAUGUGUGCUGAGUGGAGAUGUUUUUGCGCGAUAUUCGCGUCAAAGGGGCCAUCAAACGUUGUACAUUUGUGGAACGGAUGAGUACGGAACGGCCACUGAAACAAAGGCCUUGCAAGAAGGAUUGACUCCUAAGCAGGUGUGCGAUAAAUAUCAUGCCAUUCACAAGGAGAUCUACGAAUGGUUCAACAUCCACUUUGAUAGCUUUGGCCGAACUUCAACUCCUGAGCAAACCGAAAUAUGUCAGGAAAUUUUUUUCAAGCUUCAAAAGAAUGGAUUUACUUCGGUGGCUUCAAUUGAUCAACUGCAUUGUGAGACAUGCAACAAGUUUCUUGCUGACCGUUACGUGAAUGGAAUUUGCCCACAUUGUGGAUUCACGGAUGCUCGGGGUGAUCAAUGUGACGAUUGUGGAAAGCUUUAUAAUGCGGUUGAAUUGAAAUCGCCGAAAUGUCACAUUUGCAAAAACGAACCAAAGGUCAAACAAAGUGAACACGUGUUCCUUGCAUUGGAUAAACUACAGCCUGAAGUUGCUGAAUACAUUGAAAAACAACUGGCCUUACCCCAUCAUCGUUGGAGCACAAAUGCUAUUGCAAUUGCAAAAGGAUGGAUAAAAGGAGGCCUUGAAAAGCGUUGUAUUACUCGUGAUCUCGAAUGGGGGGUACCUGUGCCAUUGGAGGAAUUAAAGAAAAAGGUCUUUUACGUCUGGUACGAUGCACCAAUUGGAUACAUUUCGAUUACAAAGACCUUGCUUGGAGACGAGUGGACACAGUGGUGGAAAAACCCUGAAAAUGUCGAACUCUACCAAUUCAUCGGAAAGGAUAAUGUUGCCUUUCACGCUGUCAUGUUCCCUUGUACCCAAAUCGGCACUCGCGACAAUUUCACAAUCGUUAAUAAUUUAUGUGCCACUGAAUAUCUCAACUACGAGGACAAGAAAUUCAGUAAAUCUCGUGGAACGGGUGUUUUUGGUGAUGCGGCUAAAGGGACGGGUAUAGAUGCUGAUGUAUGGAGGUUUUAUUUGCUCUACAUGCGACCGGAGAGUCAGGAUACAUCGUUUUCGUGGGAUGAUUUUUCACUCAAGGUGAACAGCGAGCUUUUGGCAAAUCUUGGUAAUUUUGUGAAUCGAGCACUGACCUUCAUCGCGAACAACUAUGGAGGAGUGAUUCAGGAAAUGCAGCUUCAAGAAGCAGAUAUCGAAUUACUAAAGGGCGUGGAAGUUGAUCUAAAAGAAUGGGAUCAACUGAUGGAUGAAGUCAAGUUGAAGGAUGCUGUGAAAACGGUUUUGAAUCUGUCUCGCCGUGGAAAUCAAUACAUGCAAAGCAAUGCCCCGUGGGCACUUUUGAAGGGAUCCGACGAGGAAAAAAAGCGAGCCGGCACUGUGAUCAGCAUUGCUGCAAAUGUGGCAUACACUCUUGCUUUGAUUCUUCAUCCAAUAAUGCCUAAGAUCUCUGAGCAUAUUCGCGAGCAAUGUGGUGCAGAAAAGUUGCCUUUAUUUACGCCGGAAGUCGUGUGCUAUCUGAAAGUCGGACACAAAAUUGGAAAACCACAACCGCUUUUUGUGAAGAUUGAAAAGGCGACGAUUGACGAAUUGAAGGCUCGAUUUGCUGGAGCCGAAUCUGACCAGAAAAAGGAAGCCAAAUCUAAAAAGCCCAAUAAAGGUAUUCAGUGUUUC